CCAGACCCCGUCGCAGGCGAGAAUCAAGAAAGGGCUUUCCUCGGGUGUACUGUCCUCCACGAUGGUGGUGGAUGUGUAGGGUACCCCGAUAACGUAGUCCUUCAUCCGAUGGUCUCCGAAGCUCCGCGUCACGGCCAGGAUGCCCAAGACGCGGCUCCGCAAGACAAAGCCCCCGGCGGCCUCGAUUCGAGCCUGCUCCCCCUUGUCCUCUGCCUUGUGGUCGUAUGUCAAGCGCACACCCUUCCCCUGGUGACAGAGCACGGCCCGGCUGUCCCCUACGUUGGCAGUGUAUAUCUCUCGGACGGUCUCCCCCGCCCCCUCACCCUCGCCCUCCCUCCUGGCCUUGAUCAGGCACGUUACGGCGGUCGCCCCGGAACC